UGAGCUGAGCUCAGAUGUAUGGCAGGUGUGUUAGGCCAGUUGUGGUGUGGGAAGGAAGGCUCCCCGACUGCAUUUGGAAGAGGAGGGGCUAACUGGCGAGGCAGCGAGCUGGGGAGCAAAGUUCAGGAAUGGGGGAGAGGUCGGAGGUCGAGAUGCCAAGAAGGGGCAAGAGCGAAUGAGAAUGGGCAUGAUGAGCAAGGGGCAGAGCAGGCGUGGAGAUUCCAGGUGUUGCACUGGAUGAGAUUUUUCACAAGCUGUGAUGCAGUGUCUCUUUGCUGAAAUCGGUUGCUGGUAGAGAGUUGGGCUCGGAUGUGCUCCUACAGCCAUGAGUUGUAUUCCCGGCCAGGUGCAAUGACCUAGUGGAGGACUGGAGAAGAUGUCUCAGAAGAGAGUAUGUCCACGCUUAUUGGACUACCUGGUCAUCAUUGGUGCCAGGCAGCCCAGCAGCGACAGUAUUGCUCAGACCCCUGAGCUGCUGCGUCGCUACCCACUGGAGGAUCACCAUGACUUUCCCCUCCCGCCAGACGUGGUCUUCUUCUGCCAGCCCGAGGGAUGUCUCAGCGUGCGCCAGAAGCGCACCAGCUUGCGCGACGACACCUCUUUUGUCUUCACUCUGACGGACAAGGACAGUGGUGUGGUUCGCUACGGGGUCUGCGUCAACUUCUACCGCUCCUUCCAGAAGCGGGGCCGGGACAGGCCAGACAGGGGUCCGCAGCGCCCAAAGGGCAGUGCCGUGGAGGCAUCGGAUGACCACAACAACUCCGACAGUGGCUCGUCCUUGGCCACGCAGAGUGCUGAUUCCACCCCCGACAUCAAUCGCUCGCCCCGAAUGAAGCGCCACUUGAAGAGUGGGAAUCGGUCGCGGAACAGUACCCUGACGUCGCUCUGCAUACUCAGCCACUACCCGUUCUUCUCCACCUUCCGUGAAUGUCUUUACACCCUCAAGCGGCUGGUGGACUGUUGCAGUGAGCGCCUGCUCAUUAAGAAGGCAGGAAGCUUGAAAGGCAUUCAAAGGGACACCAUGUGGAGGCUUUUCACUGGCUCCCUGACGGUGGACGAAAAGUCCAACGUCAUCUUGCACGACGUGAGAGAGAUUGAAUCCUGGAUCUACAGGCUCCUGCACUCCCCUGUACCUGUUCCUGGCCAGAAGAGGGUCGACGUGGAGAUCCUGCCCCGGGAUCUCCAGCCAGCCCUCACCUUUGCCCUUCCGGACGUGGCCCGCUUCUCCUUGGUGGACUUCCCUCUGCAUCUGCCCCUCGAGCUGCUGGGAGUGGAACCCUGCCUGCAGGUUCUCAGCUGCAUCCUACUGGAACAUAAGGUGGUGUUGCAGUCCCGUGACUACAAUGCAUUGUCCAUGAGUGUGAUGGCCUUUGUUGCAAUGAUUUAUCCAUUGGAAUACAUGUUCCCAGUUAUUCCCUUGCUGCCCACUUGCAUGGCUUCAGCAGAACAGCUACUGCUAGCUCCGACCCCCUACAUCAUUGGAGUUCCAGCUAGUUUCCUCCUUUAUAAGGCCGAUUUCAAGAUGCCAGAUGAUGUGUGGCUUGUCGAUCUGGAUGCUAAUAAGGUUAUCGCCCCCACUAACGCAGAGCUGUUGCCCCUUAUGCCUGAACCGGAAGCCACUGAGCUGAAGAAGCAUUUGAAGCAGGCACUGGCGAGCAUGAGCUUGAACACUCAGCCGAUCCUCAACCUAGAGAAGUUCAACGAAGCACAGCAACUGCCUCUGCUGUCCGGGAGAGCGCGGGAAGAGCAGACCUCCACUCCGUCCACCGAGUUCAACCCCCUCAUCUAUGGCAAUGACGUCGACUCUGUGGACAUUGCGACCCGGGUUGCCAUGGUGCGGUUCUUCAACUCCCCCAACGUGUUGCAGGGUUUCCUGGCCCACACCAGGAUCCUCCGUCUCUUCCCUCGGCCUGUCGUCGCUUUCCAAGUAAAUUCCUUCCUGGCUUCCAGACCCAAGCUGUCGUUAUUCACCGAGAAGUUGGCUCGGACUCAGGCCGUGGAAUAUUCCGGAGAAUGGUCGCUGAAUCCCACCAAUUACACCUUCCAAAGGAUCCACAACAGUGUGUUUGACCCAGCUCUGAUCGGAGACAAGCCCAAGUGGUAUGCCCAUCAGCUUCAACCCAUUUACUACCGGGUCUACGACAGUAACUCGCAGCUCGCUGAGGCCCUCAACAUUCCCAUCGAGAAGGACGAUGGCUCUGAGCCAACUGAUGACAGCGGGAGCGACAGUGUCGAUUACAAUGACUCCAGCUCUUCCUAUUCCUCCCUGGGUGACUUCGUCAAUGAGAUAAUGAAGUGUGACAUCAAAGGGGACACACCCAAUAUUGAUCCUCUGACCCAUGCUGCCCUUGGUGAUCCCAGCGAGAUAGAGUUCCAGGGAUUUCAGAAAUAUCGGGAAGAUCUGGAUGACCAGGGGCUGGACAGCGAAAAUUCUCUGGAGAACAAUCCUCCUCGUUCAAGCUCAAGUACAACAGCAAGCAGCAGUCCCAGCACAGUCAUACAGGGCAUCAAUCAUGAGUCCAUCGACUCAGUGGAGGCUGAUGAAAAGACACUGACCUUCCACAACCAUAUCACGGCCACGUCGAUUCAGGCCUUUGCCAAGGCCAACCUGGAGCGGCGAGAGAGCGAUGGCUUGUCUGAGGGUACGGGCCGUCAGAAGGACUAUGACAACCCCUACUUUGAGCCUCAGUAUGGCUUCCCUGCUGAGGAAGGCGAGGGUGAAGACGAUCAAGGAGAGAGCUACACCCCCAACUUCGUUCAACCCAUCAACGGGAGCCGGCCUCUGAAGCCACUUCGCCCCAACAGUCUGAGACUCCCAAGCGACUCUGAAGUGGAAUCAGACUCGCGGGCAAGCUCCCCAAACUCCACCAUCUCCAACAACAGCAGCGAGGGCUUUGGAGGAUUUAUGUCGUUUGCAAGUAACAUCUACAAGAGCCGUGGCAGCAGCUUCAGCCUCUCCAACCUGGCGUUACCAAGCAAAGCAGGGCGAGACAAGAGCACACCGUUCCCCAGCCUCAAAGUAUUUGGGCUAAAUACUAUAAUGGAGAUUAUAACCGAAGCUGGAGUAGGUAGUGAAGGUACCAGGCGAGCGCUCGUUGAUCAGAAAUCAUCUGUCAUAAAGCACAGCCCAACGGUGAAGAGGGAGUCCCCGUCACCACAGGGCAGAGCGAACAACAGCAGUGAGAACCAGCAGUUCCUGAAGGAGCUGGUGCAGAACGUACUGGAUGGCCAGGGCGUCGGCUGGUUAAACAUGAAGAAGGUUCGGCGACUGCUGGAAAACGAGCAGCUUCGCGUGUUUGUCCUCAGCAAACUCAACAGGACAAUCCAGUCUGAGGAGGAUGCUCGGCUGGAUAUUCUGAAGGAUGUGGAGAUCAGUAAGAAGGUGUACCGGGGGAUGCUGGACCUGCUGAAGUGUUGUGUGGCCAGCCUGGAGCACUCGUACAGCAACGCUGGCCUGGGGGGGAUGGCCAGCGUCUUCACCCUGCUUGAGAUCGCCCACACUCACUACUACAACAAAGAACCUGACAAGAAGAAACGGAGUCCGACAGAGGGAGGUCCCUUCCUUGGUAGGAAGGAGUCCAUGCCCUCGAAGGGGGAAAUUAAGCCCCCCGACAUACAAGUGACCCACCUGCAACUCCCACCUAAAGCCACCGUCAACAAGGGGCUGGGCGAGUAUGACUCCCGGAGUCUAAAUGAAGAAAAUUUUUUAGCUUCAAUCGAGUUGUGGAACAAGCGCCAGGAUGUGAGAAAACAAAAAGCUUUGGAGAAACAGAGUACCGAAAGUCCCAAACGCCUACCGGAUUUUGACCCGGAUGAGAAGAAGUCACAAAUCAGUGCGGAUAGCGGCAUGAGUGUCACAAGCUUGCAGAAGAGUGACAGCGAAUCUAUCACCAGUUCUGAGCCGCCUGCACUCACCCGGAGCACCAGCCAAGAGUCGGAAAGCAGCACCGUGGUCAGUAACAGUUCAGGGGAGACCCUGGGAGCCGACAGUGACUACAGCAGCACUGCUGGUGAAAGCACGGUGGGGAGAAACACCUUGGGGGCAAAGGCAUCCAGGGCGACUCUUUCUGACAGCGAGAUCGAGACCAAUACUGACACCAGAUACAUCUUCGGCAAAUCACACAUGCUGGUCCCUGGAUUCAAGACUACAAAAGGUGGCAUUGGCGGCCCGCAGCCCCCCGGUCCCCCAGAGGAUGUCAGUCAGAGGGUUUACCUGUACGAAGGACUGCUGGGGAGAGACAAGAGCUCAAUGUGGGACCAGCUGGAGGAUGCGGCCAUGGAAACCUUAUCUAUGAGCAAGGAACGCUCAAUGCUGUGGGACCAGGUCCAGUUUUGGGAGGACACCUUCCUUGAUGCGGUGAUGUUAGAACGAGAAGGAAUGGGCAUGGACCAGGGCCCACAAGAGAUGAUCGACAGGUAUGUGUCGCUGGGGGAACACGAUCGAAAGCGGCUGGAAGAUGAUGAGGACCGACUCUUGUCCACAUUGCUCUACAACAUGAUUGUUUACAUGCUGAUGGUCAAGGUGAACAAGAACGACAUCCGGAGGAAGGUGAGGAGGCUGAUGGGCAAGUCGCACAUCGGUCUGGUCCACAGCCAGGAGGUGAACGAGCUGCUCGACCGCCUGCCGCAGCUGGAGAGCCGCGAUCUCCACAUCCGACCCUGCGGCAGCCGUCACAUCAAGAAGCAGACCUUUGUGGUGCACGCAGGAACUGACACCAAUGGUGAAAUCUUCUUCAUGGAGGUGUGCGACGACUGCAUCGUGCUCCGCAGCAACAUUGGGACGGUCUACGAGCGAUGGUGGUACGAGAAACUCAUCAACAUGACGUACUGUCCCAAAACCAAGGUCCUGUGUCUGUGGAGACGUAACGGGCAGGAGACCCAACUCAACAAGUUCUACACCAAGAAGUGUCGCGAGCUGUACUACUGUGUGAAGGACAGCAUGGAGCGUGCAGCGGCAAGGCAACAGAGCAUCAAACCAGGUCCCGAGCUUGGGGGCGAGUUCCCAGUUCAGGAUAUGAAGACCGGAGAUGGAGGCCUGCUGCAGGUGACCCUGGAAGGGAUCAAUUUGAAGUUCAUGCAGAGCCAGGUUUUCAUUGAACUGAGUCACAUUAAAAAGUGCAAUACAGUCAAAGGAGUCUUUGUCCUGGAAGAAUUUGUUCCACAAACUAACGAAGUGGUGACUCACAAGUACAAGACCCCAAUGGCCCAUGAGAUCUGUUACUCUGUGCUCUGUCUGUUCUCCUACAUGGCCGCAGCAAGAGGGAAAGAGAUGGAGAGCAAGAACAAGGUCACCCCGGCGCGGUAAGAUACCAGCUCGUCAGGCAACCCCAACCCCUGCCCACCACUCGCCAACUCCUGAUGCUCAACUGUGGCUGGGUUCACGGCAGGUGACUGCUGCUUGACUUGUGCUUGCUCCCAAACUGCCUCAUUGGCUCGCAGCUUGCCCAGUUUAGGAGGACCUCAUUUAAGUACCCAUGCUAAAUGUAAGUACACGCCAGCUUUUGCAUUGCAAUAAUGAACUCUGGGGACAACCUGCAAUAUUAGUUCCACACUGGUUUCAGAACCUGCACUGGAUUCAUUGCAAACCUACCCAUCGGCGACCAUUCCUGCACUGGAUUCACUGCAAACCUACCUGUCGAGCUUCUGCACUGGAUUCACUGCAAAACUGUGCGUCAAGCUCCACCCCUGCAUUGUAUCCGCUGCAAACCUACCCGUUGAAGGCCACUCCUACACUGGAUUCACUACAAAUGUACCCCCAUCGAGGACCACUCUUACACUGGAUUCACCGAAAACCUACCCAUCGAGGACCACUCCUGCACUAGAUUCACCGAAAACCUACCCAUCGAGGACCACUCCUGCACUGGAUUCACCGAAAACCUACCCAUCGAGGACCACUCCUGCACUGGAUUCACCGAAAACCUA